UAUUAUUUUGUACAUGAGUCUGCUAGUGAUGGUACAUGUAGGUGAUGUAUGGUGUAAUAAUUGUACACAGGAGGAGUACACGGACAUGCAGACACUCUUCUCCGAUUGUACAGGCCGGGUAACGAGUGCCUACCAUGUAGUGGAGGGUGAGAGUAAGGAAAGUGCUACCUGCACCCUCUUCACAGACUUAGUCGAGGACUGCGGGAAAAUCUGGGAGAACUGCCAUUCAGACGGGGACAUCAGACGAAUGAAGGACAUGCAGUUAGAAGCCCUGCUGGGGCAGUAUGUAGCCUCUGGUUUAGUUCAACUUAAAGAUUGUCAAUAUGUUCAACAAUAUUGGGGUGCAGAGGAGGCGGGGGGAGCAGCAGGGACCUGCACAGAUAGAGAAUAUAUUCAAUCCCAGACCAAGUUUCAAUCCUGCUCACAUGCAGUCUCUACUCAAAUAUAUCAAACUUUUCAACAAGUUACAGAAGCAGCUAGGGUUGCAGAGCUUGUCUGUGACGCACUAAACAAUAUUUCAUCUAGUUGUCCUUCCCUACUACAGGAGUGUUUCGCACCUGGAGAUGUUCGACAAAUGGUUCGGCUUCAUCUUCAGGAGAUAAAAGGGUACCUAGUAAACCUAUCAACUGUGAAACUAGAUAACUCAAGUCUGGACACAUGCACUGCUUUAGAAAAGGUAAAAGGAGAGGAGUACUACGAGUAUGAUGAAGAAUAUGAGGAAGGGAGUUCAGAGUCAAGCUCAGAUAUUAGCUCAGAAAACAACUCAGAAGACAACUCAGCUAAGCUGAAGGAACUGCUAAUGGAACACAGAUCUCUUGAGCCUUCGGACGAUCCAGGGCUUUCAACUCAACCUUCAGAAGAGCAAGAGAUGAAAUUUACUAAAGAACCGGACUCAAAAUCCGCCAAACUGCUAGAAAAAUCUACAAAACAACAGACAAUCAAAACUAUUCAAUCGUCGGAGAUGAGAAGUGCUGGAAAUGUGAUUAACUGUCAGAAUUUCAUAAUUCUAAUCUCUUUCCUAAAACUAGUUCAAAUUUGAAUAUUUAACGAAAAGAUUAUAAAAUUCUGAAACUCUAUUCAUUUUUUUCUUAACAGUUUGUAAACAUUAAAAACUGUCACCUUUUUAUUACAUUAAUAAAAAUACUCUGUGUGCUCAUUAUAAUCUUUAUGAAAAUUAAUUAAAAUCCUCAUAUUUGUAAUUAGUUGGCACUGCAAAGUUUUGCGUAGUUGUAUUACGAUUAAUGGUGUAAUUUAAAUUUAAAAACGAACGUCCAUUUCUUACUAGACUUACCGUCUGAUAUUUGAUAAUUCCCAUAGCAACAAUGUCUACACCCAGUAAAAAAAGAUUACAGGUCUCCCUUAAACAGGUCAAACAAUGUCGAAAAUUAUUUUUUUAAAUUUUUAAUUAUGGUUUCUGUCCAGAUGUAAUAAC